AUGAUUGAGACUUCUGGCAAAGCCAUGAACGAAUAUCCUGGACUAGGACUACCCUUUCGCCAUUGGGAACAGACCGACUACGACUUUUAUCCGAUCGGGUCCCACCCCAAUGCCCAUGGCAGCGAGUCAGAUAUCAUCCCUGUGCGAGAGCUUGCCGUGAUGGAUGUCUUGGAAAAGCUCACUGACAAGCCCGACUGGCAUAAGAAGGUCUUUGAUGAAGAAGUCGUUGCCAAGUGGCGUAAAGAGGCCCUCGCCAUUCCUGAUGGACAUUUUUGGCACCUUGCUACCGCUGGGAUGAGACAGUAUUGGACCGACGACGAGGACCGGCUCGAGCUUCACAACGGCCGGGGUUCUUGUCCACUUGAGAACAUCUUGGACGAAGCUACAUUCGACACGUGUGUUCAAGAGCUUCGUAGCAAAGCCAAGUAUUUCGAAGAAUCGGGCAUCAUACCUUCUCUCGACGCAUGUGCUUCCGUAGCCAAGUCUGAUACGCUCGUUACUAGCGAGCUACACACCAAUCUUCGCAAGGCCUUUGACAAGCUUCAGUCGGACCACGCUGCAUCUCCUGAUUGGCACCCCAACUCGAACAAUAUGGUGCAGGAUCUGGUACAUCCAUCUAUGUACCCAUUGGUAUAUGGGCGCAGUACCGGAUUCCGUCAGGAGCAGGUCGGUGUGGCGGACGCCGUGGAGCGCUGGUCCGGUAAAGGCGAGGUCAUCCCCCAGCAGGGGCUCGAAGAGACUACAGCGCAGAACCAGCACUAUUACGGCCUUGGAGGCAGUGACAUCCCACCGGAAUACUGGUCCAAUCAGUACCAAUGGCUGCCAGCCAACUUGGCCUUCCAAGAGGAUGGGUCUGUAAAAUUUACGAGCUACAUCAACAAUCUUCACCCUACAAGAUAUCCCGACAUAUACCGCACUAUCGAAAAACUAGUCGAGACAUCCAUACCCAUGUGGGAUCAGUGUUUGAGGUUUGCAGUCGGCUACUAUGAGUACGAAGGGGCCGGCCGUAUGGAGACUCGCAGCGGUAAACCUGGGAAUGCUGAUGACGAGAACGAAGAAAAUUGGACGCCCAAUAAGGAAGAGUGUGCUGAUGUAGAAGCCAGCGAAGAAGAUCUGGAGGAAGAAGGGUACUACGAUGACUACGACAACGAUGAGGAUCGCCAAGAAAGGUUGCUGGAGGCCAAGUGGAGGAUCGUUCGCAAACCUCGCAUGAUGCCAAUUCGCGCUGAUGACGUAUCCUACGCGCCGCAACCAGGCAAGCGUCUUGCUGAUAAGUUCCGCGCUUCGGGACUUCAGAUCAUUGUCAAGAUGGCCUCGAUUGAACUUACGCCCGAGAAGCCGGACUUCCCUCUGGGCGGGUGGCACAUUGAGGGACAAAUGAACGAAAGCAUCUGCGCAACUGCCCUGUAUUACCUGGACAGCGAGAACAUCACUGACAACAGCCUCUCGUUUCGCAUGCAGACGUCCGCUUACCUGCAGGAUGACGAACCCUACAAUGUUGGACAAUGCGCCUAUAACUGGAUGGAGCAAGUAUAUGGCGCCAAUUUUGGAGUUGGGAAUGGAUCGCCAUGUCUGCAGAACUACGGAAGCGUACAAACACGCGAAGGCCGGCUCCUUGCCUUCCCCAAUAUCUUUCAACAUCGUGUUUCUCCCUUUAGUCUUAUCGACCCUACAAAGCCCGGGCAUCGUCGCUUCAUUGCACUUUGGCUUGUCGAUCCUACAAAGCGCAUCAUCUCCACGGCGAAUGUUCCGCCUCAACAGAUGGACUGGUACGUCGACGCGCUCCUUGGAUCAAACACUAAGUCGCGUCAAGAAGCGCUGUCGAAACUUCCUCCCGACCUUAUCAACCUGCUAGCCGAGAAGGGACUUGCAAGUCUUUCUGCCACUUCUGAAGGUCGACUGCCCGAAGAGCUCAUGGACUACGUGCGCGAGUAUUUCGAUGAAGCCAAAUACUCCCUUCCUAUGGGUUUCCAAGAGGCAAGCGAGCACCGCAAAAAGCUUAUGCAGGAAAGGGGCGCAUUUGUUCGGACAGCAGAGGAAGAAUUGCAGGGGGCGACUUACAGCUUCUGUGAGCAUUAA